AUUCCGCUACUGAUGGAGCUAGGGAUAGUAAUGGUCAUCUGGGUGACGGUGGUGCUUCCACAACCCAACAAUUACAUGUGUCAAGAAGCGCCCAGCAGUGUCCUCUCGUGUGUUGAACAACUCAGCAAUCUGUCUGCAAACGUGAUCCCCAGGCCAGACGAUAGCAGGUUUGGUCACAACUUUACGACCAAUUGUGCAAGCCUCAACAACCGUUUUUUCAGCGGGCUCCACAACAAAUCGCUGUGUCCCUGGACUUACCACAAUGAUUAUAAUUUCAACAGAUUCCCCCAUCAGAUGAUCUUUGCCCGGUGUUUGUGCGGGAAAUGUUCCCUCAACAACGGUAUCCAGCACGAAUGUCGACCGCUGUACCAGGCCAUCCAUGUGAUACGACGAUCCGCCUACGAGAUGCUUCCCAAGGCUUGUGUCUGUUCUUACAGGGAGACUCACCUGGUUGAUGUGGGAUAA